AUGACCUCUCACGGCACCGUGAAGGCGACUUUCGCCAGCCGCGCCGAAUCGGCGAGCCACCCACUCACAGCCUACCUACUUCGCUUGAUGGAUCUGAAGGCUUCCAAUCUAUGCCUCAGCGCCGAUGUUCCGACCGCAAGAGAACUGCUCCACCUGGCCGACAAGAUCGGACCGUCCAUCGUCGUACUGAAGACGCACCAUGAUAUUGUCGCCGGGUGGGACUACAACCCGCAGACGGGCACUGGUGCCAGGCUUGCCGCGAUAGCUCGCAAACACGGCUUCCUCAUCUUCGAGGACCGCAAGUUUGGCGACAUUGGUAACACGGUCCAGAUGCAGUACGUUGCUGGUUCGGCGCGGAUCAUCGAAUGGGCCCACAUCACCAACGUCAACAUGGUACCCGGCAAGGCUGCCGUUACGGCCCUCGCCGAAGCUGCGGCACGCUGGCGCGAACGGUACCCCUACGAGGUGAAAACGUCGGUCACGGUCGGAACGCCAAGGUCGGAGAGCUUCGACGACUACGAAGAGGACAAUGGAGACGGUCACGAACAUACGGUCGGCACGCCGCGACCGGCCGACAUCAACGGGCGCAAGGGUAGCAUCGUGUCCAUCACAACACUGACCCAGCACUUCGAGCCGGCGCCGUCUCCUCGCUUUCCGAGAAACGAGUCCCACAACUCCGACGAGGUCUUGUACGCAGGUAUCGAAGAGGCCCCCAUGGACCGUGGCCUUCUCAUCCUGGCCCAGAUGUCGAGCGCCGGCAACUUUAUGAACAAGGAGUACACACAGGCUUGCGUCGAGGCCGCGAGGGAGAACAAGAAUUUCGUCAUGGGUUUUGUGUCCCAGGAGAAUCUCAACACCGAGCCUGACGAUUCUUUCAUCCACAUGACGCCGGGAUGCCAGCUGCCACCGGAGGGUGACGAAGAGAACGAGGGCGGCGUCGUGGGAGACGGCAAGGGACAACAGUACAACACGCCCGAGAAGCUCAUCGAGCUCUGCGGUACUGAUAUUGUCAUUGUCGGACGCGGUAUCUUGAAGGCCGGUGAUCCCCAGUCGGAAGCGGAGAGAUAUCGCCGGAAGGCCUGGAAGGCGUAUCUCUCCCGAGUUGCGUAA